GAAUCAUAAAGUUUGUCUCGUAGUUUUUACUACUUAUCAAUAAAUUGAUAAAAUACAAUUUAUCUUAUCCAAUGGCGAUUAAAACCUGCUUAUAAUUGAGUUUCUAGAAAUUUUCUAUGUUUGUGGGUUAAUCAAUAAGUUGUAUUCAUUAUAGAAUUCAAUGGUCGUUUCUAUUUUUUUAAUAUUAUAAGAGAUGCGUCUACAUGAAGUACAUCAUUUUUAGCACUGUACACUUAAGCGCGGGAUUACGCUGCGAAAUUUAAAGAUUGAUAACAAUUGUUGUCGUUUUAUCAUUGUAAAUAAACGUGUUUUUGCCACACUAAACAAAAGAAUUAUCAAAGAAGUGUUGCAUCUUACUUAUUCUUAAAUAAUGUCGAAACGACGACGUGAAACGGAUACGAACAAGCAGUCAUUUCAAGGAGACGUUGGUGCUGAUGAAGACACAACAAACCCAGUUGUUUUUGAGAAAUACGCUAAAACAGAUAUUUCCACUGAUGAAACGUUUGUUGAAUACCAGGAUAACUCGAAGGAAAAUUCCGAGAUUUCAGGAAAACGGAACAACUUCCGCAAAUGGCAAAGUUGCAAUCAAAGAAAACUGAAAUCAUUAUGGACACAGAAGAGAAGGCGGAGAAGACUGAUUUAAAAGCUCAGAAGUCACUGGAUGGAGAUGACAGUGCAAGCGACAGGGGGUCAGUUGCCGAGGAGACAAACAGCCAUCUUUUUCAAGAACUACUUGAUGUAGUACUUAAAACGAAGGACAACAAUGGCCGCAUGAUUUGUGAACUGUUUCUAAAACUACCACCUAGACAAGUGUGGUGUUAUCCUGGCAUGGUUGUGGUGCCAAAAGAGGUAUGACCCAAGCAAGGACUAGAUUAAAUGCUAGUGCAAAUGUGAUGUCCAGGACUGAGACUACUAUGAAGGUGGAGAGGAAGAGAGGUAUGACUUAAGCAAGGACUAGAUUAAAUGCUAGUGCAAAGGUGAUGUCUAGGACUGAGACUACAAUGAAGGUUGAGAGGAAGAGAGGUAUGACCCAAGCAAGGGCUAGAUUCAAUGCUAGUGCAAAGGUUAUUUCUAGGACUGAGACUACAAUGAAGGUUGAGAGGAAGAUAGGUAUGACCCAAGCAAGGACUAGAUUCAAUGCUAUUGCAAAGGUGAUGUCCAGGACUCAGACUACAAUGAAUGUCGAGAGGAAGAGAGGUAUGACCCAAGCAUGGACUAGAUUAAAUGCUUGUGCAAAGGUGAUGUCCAGGACUGAGACUACAAUGAAUGUCGAGAGGAAGAGAGGUAUGACCCAAGCAAGGACUAGAUUAAAUGCUAUUGCAAAGGUGAUGUCCAGGACUGAGACUACAAUGAAGGUGGAGAGGAAGAGAGGUAUGACCCAAGCAAGGACUAGAUUAAGUGCUAGUGCAAAGGUGAUGUCCAGGAAUGAGACUACAAUGAAGGUCGAGAGGAAGAGAGGUAUGACCCAAGCAAGGACUAGAUACAAUGCUAGUGUAAGGGUGAUGUCCAUCACUGAGACUAUUAUGAAGGUCGAGAGGAAGAGAGGUAUGACCCAGGUAUGGACUAUAAAAAAGCUUUGGAUGUAAUGAAACAAGCAACUGCAAUGCCAUCCAGCAGAACUAGCUUUUAUGAUGAGACAGAAUCUGUUCAAAAACGUCUCCAUAAAUCACUGAAGGUUUGGUCAAUGUAUGCUGAUUUGGAGGAGAGUUUAGGGACAAUUGAGUCGACAAAAGCCGUUUACGAUCGCAUUUUGGAUUUAAAAAUUGCCAACCCUCAGAUUAUCAUUAACUUUGCGUUAUUUUUGGAGGAACAUCAUUAUUUUGAAGAAUCCUUUAAGGUGUUCGAACGUGGCGUUGCAUUGUUUAAAUGGCCUAAUGUUUUUGAUGUUUGGAACACGUACUUAAUGAAGUUUAUCAAACGAUAUGGUGGAACAAAACUUGAGCGUAUUCGUGAUUUAUUCGAACAAACUUUGGAAAAAUGUCCAGCAAAGUUUGCUAAAGCUUUUUAUCUGAUGUACGCACGUCUCGAAGAGGAUCACGGUCUUGCCCGUCAUGCAAUGGCCAUUUAAGACAGAGCAACAAGAGCAGUGCUGCCUGAAGAACAAUUUGAGGUGGAACAGACGCAGGGAUUUAGUUACGAAGCUUAGUUUUAUUUAAUUUUCAUCCUUGCUUUAUC